AUGAUGGUAAUGAUGAUGAAACGUAUCAGCGCUGUUCUUUUGCUGACGGUUUUUGUGAGCAUUCUCUUCCCUGCCAACGGUGUGAACUACGGGGAUCAAUCUAGGCCACCAACCUACGCAAAUCCUGAUGACUAUGGAUACCGCCACUGCGCCUCAUGGAAACUACCGGAUGGAACACCACUCUACUCUGGCUGUGAUCCCUACUCAAUGGAACGUUGCGGGAAAAAGAUGGAAUUUUCCUACGACUGUUGCGCCGGCUUCGAACAGAGUCCCAUACCUUUGGGAGGUCCUUCGAACACUCCCUGUGGCAAAUUAAUUCCACAAUUUGACGAUUGUCCCUCAGUUCUCAAAACCCUUGGUUUUACGCGACUGGCGGAUCACCUCAAAAACGUACCCCAGCUGAAUCAAAAGAAUGGCCAACCCGUUACAAUCUUCGCCCCUCUCCCUGCUGACGGUUCAGAACUGAACAAAAUUUACGGAGAGUAA